AUGGAGAUGCAGAUUUCCAUUCCCGAUUUGGAAGAUGAUCAGAUCUAUCCGCUGGACGGAGGUGCGGGAUUUGACACUUCCGUCAAUCAAUCCGAAGCAUCCCAUCAAGACUCUACCAAGCCGAGACCAUUCAGAGGUGCAACGAUUGAGCAUUCACGAUCAGGAUCCGCUCUUAGUUUCGAGAGCAAUACCGGUUCACGAACAGGCACUUCUCAGCCUUACAACACUGCAAGAGGAAUGGGAGCUGGAGUCACUGCACCCGCCGCUACCUCCAAUUUCAGUCCUUCGUCGACCGGAUUUCCAAGAAAAAGCUCGUUUGCUUCUCUCAAAGCCGCAUUCAAAGGAACUUCUACGACAAAUGCACAAGAUGCAUACCCUCAACAAUUACGCAACCCCUUCGGUGUCGGACAGCAGAAUGGAAAUGCAAACGUAAACUAUGCAAGCUCCACUGGUCAAAAACCAAGUGCAGCUUCUCCAAUCGAUGCAAAUAGAGCACAUGGCCGGACCGAUAGCUACUUAUCUUCGAUCACUUCACGCUCACGAGGUGUGCCAUUAUCGCAACAAAAGCAUGCUCAACAAAGUUCUCUCUAUUCAGAGAAUUCUUUGGGUGGUAAUAGCACUUCAUUCAGUGAAUCGACCAAUGGUUCCGCUUUUCGUUCCGGUCCCGGUCUUCCACCUGUGCCACCUUUUCCAGAAGCAUAUGUUUCUGGGCAACAGCCAACGUCUUCAACUUCCCUUCCACCUGCUCGGACUGCAUAUGCAAGGUCUAUGUCCGCCCAAGACCGGGGAAUGGGGAUCCCAGUAUCGCAAACGGUCACCUCUGAAAUGGACGGCAUCCCACCCCUUCCGCGUUCAAACACAGACCAGCCGCAUUAUCGAUCAAACAAUGAUCCAACAGCGCCAAGCUGGAUGCAGGGCAAUGCGGCAAUCUUGGAAGAUUUAGAAGAACCUCUUCAACCACCGCAAAGGAUCUUUGCAAGCUCUUUGCAUCAACGAGGCUCUUCACGUGGAAGUAGAGAUACAUCAGAAGAUGGAGCAAGACCAUCGAUUGACCAUCAACAGGCUAUGUAUCGGGGAGCAGGAAUCAAUGCGCCAACCUCGUCUCGAUGGGCAGGUGCGAAUGCAGCACAAAAUAUGCCACCCGUACGUGAGGACCGCACAAUGCAAAGAUCUCAAUUUAUGAAUGGUGAGAAUAGCUCUUUUGCUUCGCUCCCUACCGCCAGCCCGGCAGAAUAUGCAAUCAAUGUACUUUGCAGUCGCUUCCUGACCUUAGCUGGUGUUCGAAUCAGGACAGCAAUUGGAGGGGUUGAUGAGUCGGAUCCAUCCUUGGAGAGGAAUUUGGGUUCAGGAGCAGAUGAUUCUUUGGCACACGUUUCACGUAAGAAUCCUGCUCCGGUCAUCAAGAGUAUCUUUCAAUGGCGUGAUAAUAUGAUGGAAGAUCGCAUUGAUGUUGGCGAAGUAAGAGGUGCAUUAGCAGGCAGUCAAGUUGGUUUGGCAAUGGGUGUAGGAGACGUAGCCAAUGUGUUGAUGAGAAGAAAGGUCUUGGCAACUGCGUACUUGUUAUCUCGAACACUAAUCCAGAUCGCAUCAAGCUUCUCACCUGGCCAGGCUGAGAACUCCAUCAAAGGGCUUAACGAUGCGCAAGUUACUGAGCUGCAAUCAAGAUCGUUCGAAUUGAUGCGCGAAUGUAGCAGAGAAAAGAUACCUUCUUCAAAGAUGCAGAUUGACGCUUUUGAACUUGCGUCACAGUUACUUGGUGUACUGUCAAAAGUGUGCUUUGCUGCUGUGGGUGAUCGAUUCGUUGCUUUUCUAGAGCAAGCAAGCCGUGCAAAUUCAAACACAAAAGAAGGAGACCCUGCUUCAGAAGUUGCAGUGGCCGCUGUACGACAUUUGACCAUCACGCCCUUCCCAAUGGAGUUAUUUGAAGAGGGAGCAGAAUUUCUCGAGAUCAUGGCCCGAAACUUUGCUGCUGCACAUGGCCAACGGCUUAAGAGCACAUACGCUGAAUCUUUGUCUGCCUUGCUCAUGCCUGUUGCCAAGUCUGCUUCAGCUGAAUUACAUCAUCCGACCUGGACAAAGGCAUUGGACUCAAUAGCGCCACGAGCAUUUGCAAUGAUUUCAAAACCACGAUACUGGUCUGUUGCUUAUCCUUUAUAUGUUGCCGUACUCUGUGUUUCACCUGAAGAUCGAUUUCAACAACCUUCUCAAACGUGGUCAUGGGUACAAUGCUUGGAUGCUGGGGUGACAAAAAUGAACAAGGAUCGAGGCAGUAGGUCUAUCGUGAUGAAUGCUGCCGUUUCCCUUUUAUGGACCUAUCUAUUCCGUUGCCGUGAGAGCUCUUCAACGACAAGCAAAAGACUGGAAACAUUCUCACGCAUCUGGUUCCCUGCCAAUCGGACGACUUUAUUCCCGACAGACGUGACAAAUUUGGAAUACCACAUCUACUUCACCCACUAUAUCCUCUAUCGACAAUUUGAUGUCGGGCGGGAUAUGGUGCUAGAUUUCUUGAGAGCACAAUUAUUGAGUGGAAAUCACCUUUCUGUUUCACCUGAAGCAUUAUCAAAGCAGCGUAUGACCGUCGCUGUUCGGGCGAUUUUGCUCACUUUGGAUGCUCAUGUCAAGGAAAUUUCACCGUCAUUUCCAUCGGAUCCCAAAUAUGUGACGGAGAAGUCAGACUUUGGUGAUGAACUACCUGAUGCGUUCACUUAUCCAACGCCAGAUAUCGCCAGCUCACAAGCCCAAUUUAAUGAUUUGAUCGGCAAGAUCGCACUGCUCUGUAAUCAUCAAAUUGGCGGAAUAUCAGUGUUUUCAGAUGCGGUGUCCUUGACCAGAGGUACUUCUUUAACUGCAGCAAUGGCUGCAUCCAAAGGGUUGAAUGACGAAGAGAGACUCCUGUGGCGUUUGCAUGCAACGAGCCGAUUCAUUGCCGCCUACAAUCGCGACCAUCAACCGUACAUUGAACUUCUGCGAGCUUGUAUUGACGCUUGGCCACGUUGUUUGACGGCCAACAUACCCUUCCAAAAUGUUCUCAACGUUUUACAUAGGGCCUACUUCAGUGCUGAUCCAUUAUUGGCCGAAGCAGCUGCUCGAUGUCUGAAACGUAUAGCCGAACAACGUAAAGGAGGUGCAACAGCAGUGAUGACCAGUUUCAUGCGAUAUUUGCUAAGGGUCGACAUGGUAUACUGGGAAACACAUACAAAUCAACUGUUGAUCCUAUCCAAGAUCGAAGGAGCAGUAAAGCUUUUGAGUUCAUUUUUGCAAAUUUGGCUAGAUGAGCUCAAGAAAACCCAAGCAGGUGGGGAUUCCGGCAAAAAGGGUUGGGAGAUGGAACGAACGAGUGCUUGGGCUAUAAUUGAUGAAGUAGAAGCUAUGGGGCUAUUCCUGCUCUGCUCUGCUUGGAGGCCGUUGAGGAGACAUGCUCUCGGUAUUUUGCGCAUUGUCUCAACUCUGGACGAGGUUUUUGCUGGAACCACGAACAAGAAUCCCACUUACGCAAAGGACUCUCCUGAAGAUUUUGAAAAAGAAGAUGAACCUACACGUGUGAUUCACCUUCUUUCCAUGCCAUGUGCACGUUUUAUUGAGACGUUAAAGGAUCCACGUAGCGAAGAAGCAAGUGAUAUCUCCGCUUGGCAACAUGCAAGAAUGAUGAAAUGGAGACGAACGCAGAUUUCAAAAGAAACACUGGCAGAAUUAGCAGAGAGUGAUAAAAGCAACGAAUCUACAAAUUGGCUCUUGGUAGUUCCGAAGUUUUUGAGAGUUUGUCUGGAUCAUUUUCCCACAACAGUUGCUGUCUUCCGAUCAAUUGUGACCAAUCGAAUUAUAGGAAUGGAAAGUGCUGUUUCUGUUGCAGCUGGAACGAGUAAUAGGGCACCGGCCGGGGGAGUCUCAACUUUAAAAGGACAAGCAGUUGGUGCAGCUGGUGCGUUGAUGCCAUUCACAGCACUAGGUAACAACAGCGCGAGUGCAGCAAAUGCCACUGUCGGAUUAACCCACGAGCAAAACCUCAUGGCAGAGCACUGGAAGAUGUACAUUCUUGCCUUAUGUACUACCACAACUUCGAUCGAAGGAAGCGCUCAUCGAAUCAAGAAUACAGAAGGUGGAGUGCCAUCCGAACGUGUGAUCGCAGCAAAGGAUUUGUUCCAGAAAUUGGUUCCUUACCUGGCUUCUGAUCAUGCAAAGUUCAGAGAAUCAGUCAUCUCCGCGCUCGGUAAUAUCAACGCCAAUCUGUAUAAGACACUUCUCGAGACGCUACAAACAGUCAAUGCUCAAUUGAGUAGCGACUUCCGCAGAUCAAAUGCUAAGCGGAAUCGACAAAAUGAGCGUUUACGGACAGCACUUGCCAAUGUUGUGCAGCUCACGUCGACGCAUAUGACUAGUAAUGGAACUCUAAAUGAUGCAAGCUUGGUUUAUCUGAUCCUGCAGUGGAUCAAAGAAACGUUUGCCUUCUUGACCGAUCGUGAAAUCAGACUCGAUUGGGAAUUUCACAAGCUUCGAAGAUUCUUCGCAGGCGUCGUAGAGGAAUUCUUUGACUCUUUGUACGUUUCGAAGGAGAACAAAGCGAGCCAAGAGAAUUCGGAAAAGCUUCUCAAUCUGCACACCAGGCUACACAUGUUCAAAUUGUUCCAAGAUUGGCAUUCUUUCAGUCAAGCUGCCAAAGAUGGUCCUGCCAAGCUAGCGAAUCUUCUGGCAAAUGUUGCAGGAAUGUAUCGGGAGGAUCGUAAUCGUGAGGCUAUUCUGACAACAUUGCGCAAUGAAACACAAAUGCUGUCAUUCCAUGCAAGUUGUGCUAUGGCUGCUCUUUGUCAAGGCGUUGUUCCUGUCAGCGACAGUCAACAUCCUUCCUCAGCAAACAACAUGAGCUUAGAGCCAGCUUCUUUGCUUACCUGGCUCAAGCACUUAUAUCUCAGUCCAUCCCCUCAAAACCACGCUGUUGCCAGACGUGCUCUUAAAGCACUUUUGACGCAUAAUGCGUUCAAUAAAGAUCUGAUCAGAUUCACACUGGAACAUGCGGUUGCAGAACCAGAACAGACGAGCGCAACGAGAUCAUUCUUUGCCGUAUUUGCAGAGGUGGUGGUGGAAAAGAAGGGCUCAGAUCAGGUGCCUCUUGACCUACCGCAGAUCCUGUGUCUUGGGUUGGUGAAAUUGGGUCAUCCAGAUAUUGAUACUCGAAAGAAAUCGUUCAUUCUGUUGAGCAGCAUUACACCUAUCGAGCAUGGUUCAACUGUCAUUGCAGCAAUGGAAGGUGGCGUUUCAAGUCCAUUGCCUGCCACCUAUCUGCGAGCUCAGCGAGAUAUCUCAACUGUACUCGCAGAGCAUUUCCAAGAACACAAGAUUGCCAUGUUGAGCGAAUAUGCCCUUCGUUUACCAGAAAUCGAUCUGUCGAGAAGGGCGACUACCCUAGGUCUUUUACCCGAAUGGCUGCAUCGAAUUCAAUUUACAGGAGAACCGAAUCAAGAAGGAAGCGGAGUAGCUCUCUCACGUCGGUCGAUGUUGGUCCUUUCGAAUUUGUUGGCUAUGACGAUUCGAUAUGGUGACGAACAUAAUUUCGAAAUUCAAGACAUGUGGGCAAGUGUAGCGGAAGGAGGUGAUCUUGCAUCAAAUGCAACGACAAUUGUCAAAUUCCUUAUACAGCAAGCAUUGGCUCUUCGAAGCUCACCAUUUAUCAUGCACGCAAAAAGGGCAGUUUCGUGUCUUUCUCAUACUGUGCUGGCUCCAACCCUGUUCGCUGAGAUGUGCUCGUACAUUGAACCGUCAUCGAUGAUUCCCGUACCUUUGGAACAAAAUCGAUUAACGACUUUCGAUGCACAAUUGGACCAUCUCUAUUUGGCCAAUAUCGAAGAACACUUACCGCUUGCCUCACGUAAACAAACAUUCUCGCCCGGCCAAGUAGCUUUAUUGUUUGUAGGCGAAUUGACGUACGAGAAAUCGCCAUAUUUGAUCGAAAAGCUUCCAUUAUUAUUGCAUGCAAUCUUUAUGCAAGUCGAUAGCACAAGCGCAUUCACACAAGAACAAGUGAUGAGCAUGUUUGAACAAUUGAUGCGAUCACUCAGCAAUGAAAUGAGUGCAGGGCCCAGAAACUUUUCAAGUCAGGUAGAGAAAUUAUUUGAGAAAGGCACAAGUAUCUUCUGGACGCAGGAUGAGGCUGAUUUCGAUGCAUCUCAAACGCCAAAGGUGAUGCGAAAUACAGUCUUGGACACCAUCUCCAUUGUCAAAAAUCAUAUUGAAAAUUUGAAUGAACGAUGGGGAAAUGUGGCAUUGGAAUGGGCAACUUCAAAUCCAGUCAGACAUAUGGCUUGUCGAUCGUUCCAAAUGUUCCGAAUUUUGAUGCCGGAUGUGAAUUACUCAAUGUUAGCAGACAUGUUGGGUCGUUUGAGUAACACAAUCUCUGACUCUGUUCGAAUUGACAAUCAAUCAUUCGCUCUUGAAAUUCUUUAUACGAUGAAAGCAGUGGUCCGAAAUAUCAAUUUGGACGAUCAUCAAUCCUCUAAUGGCAAGUAUGCUCUUUUGGGACAUAUUUUUUGGAUGAAUGUGGCCUGUCUUUCAACAGUCAAUGAAUCAGAAUUCGGUCAAGCAGUUGGUCUCUUACACUUAUUGCUGGAAAAGUUGGAUCUCGAUAACCCAGAAACCGUGACGUUUUUACAAGCUCAUUGUCCUGAUGGAUGGGAAGGUGAAAUUGGAGGAUUGCAGAACCUCAUUAUGCGAGGAUUGAGGUCUGCGUCUUUGUAUACCGAGAGCUUCAACUUGUUGGCAAGAAUGGCAAAAAUCUCCGAUGAACAUUUGAUCGACAGACAGGAUUCACGAAUCGGAUACCUUUUCAUUGUCAGUUUGGCUUGGUUCCUGCAAGCAUCCGAUGAACCAGGGUCGAUUGAUGAAUCGCUUGUCACUUGCUUAGCAGAGGAUAUCGCUGCAUUAGCUGCUAAGAAUGGAAAGGUGGAUAUCGAAAGAGUGGCAACAAGUGUUGCAAAGAAACGUUUCCGAACGACAGAUGACCUUCUUCGCUUUCUACCAAACCACGCCACCGGAAUGGCUCUUACUUUGUUGGCCCUGACUUUCAAUGCUGAACCCUGGCUGCGUAAACGUACUUUGCAAGUCCUCAAAAUCUUCUUCCAAUCAGUGGAUACUCGCAGACAAGAAUUGCACGAGUUAGGUCCCGAAUUGCUUAUGCCUCUAUUGCGUCUGUUGAGUACAGAUUUGAGUCUGGAGGCCUUGGAGGUGCUCGAAGAAAAGAUCUUAGCCUCUGUUCCGUCGGCAGGAGCGAAUCAUUCUGGCCAAAGACGCGGACCGAAUGCACAACAAAUUGUUCGAAUGAGCUUGCAAUGGAACAAUAAUCCAAUCGCAUUUCAACAGGGGCGUUCGGGACCUGGACUUUCUGGCUACGGUCAAGGUCGCAAUGGACCAAUAGGUGGUCCCAAUAAUUUCCGUAAUGCACGAAUGCCUGCAAACCAACGUUGGCCUCCUAAUCCAUCUCAACAAAGAUCAACACAUAAUGCGCAUGAGAUGAAUUCUCUUUUCGGCAUUCCAGAAGAUUCAGGUUGGUCCGUUGCUGACGUUCCCGAUUGGACUUCUCGAACGCGAAUCAACAUCUUGAGCGUCUUCAAAAGUGUUGAAUUAUUACUUGAUACACCUCCCGUUGGUGAAGUCAAUUUUGUUGAUGAUUAUGAUGCUGAAGGUGAAAACGUAUUUGAACAAAAUAUGACUGCAAGUAGAACUGAUAUGGAAGAAUUGGAAAGUGCAAGUCUUGCUGCUGGAGCAAAGAGUGGAAAUGCGCAAAGUCUCGCAAGUCAGAAUGGAGUUUCAUUCCCCGGUGAGCAAGCUUCACUCGCAUCAAAGUCAUCCGUUGCAGGAAUUGCUAUGCAAGAGAACAACUUCCCAACCGAAAGUGAAAAAGACAGCAUUGGUGAUAUCGUCAAUCAAUUACACGAUUUGAGUAGCUUCUUUAUCGAUGAUGAGUUUACCAAUGCAUCUGUCGAAAAUGAUGACCCUUCCGAUCGUUCAAGCAAACGAAAAUCCAGAAAGAAGAAUAAUGCCAGCAUGGGAGGAAACAGUACUGGAGCAGCAUCGCUGAGUAGUAUUGCAGGCAAAAGUGAUGGACAUUCAGAAGAAAAUAGCGGAGAACAAAUUGCCAAAAUAUUGAGCAGAAGUGCAUUGGCAAAUAUGAUGGGACGUGGUCAUAACGCAGGAGGACAUCAUACGAAUCGUACAGCAAGUGAAGGUGGCUUUGAUGGAUACAAUAAUCCUAUGGGCGAUUCAACAAUGAUUGCAUCUUCCACAAGUGGUGAUCUGAGUAUGUCAGACGUAAGUGGUAGCAUUGUUGAAGGUGGCGCUCCCACGUCAAACAAGCGACAUAGUAUGUGGGCCCGAAAGGCUUUGUUUGGUAAACGAAAUAACGCAGCUUUACGAUCAGCAUCAGAAACAAUGCCAAUGCCAUCAAACGAAGACAAUUCCAUCCCUGCAUCCACUUCUGCGCCACUCGUUUCAAGGAUAUCUUCCGAUGAAGUAGAAGUUCAACAAGAUGGAGAUGAGACUGCAAGAUCAUAA